GGACGAGCUCGACAUGUUUGCAUCGUACGAGAGCAUGGAGUUGAAUGCGUUUCAGCUGUACUUUUUGGAGCGGAUGAAGUUUGCCGACAAACGAACCCAAGACAUGGAUACGUCGACAUAUUUGGAUUUCUCCAAGAAGCGCAGCACCAACUUUAUGGGCCACACCAAGGCGUUCCUGGACUGGCUGGGCCUGCCCUCCAUGACCAAGGCAUGCGUCGAGUUUCUCAAUUUUGUCGUGUACAACAAAAUCGGACGGCUGAUUGAGGAAGCGAUCAAGCUCAAGCAGCAAGGCCAGUUGGAUGUGCUGGGGGGGGCGUUGCUGGCGGCCGACAUCAAGGCCGUGUCAUUGAAGGGCGCCGACCCCACGCCUCCCCAAGUCCACCCGACCACCACCAAACGAAAACAUGAUGAGCCAUCGCCACCGAACCCCCCACGUGGCCCCCCUGCUCGACUGAAACGAUUGCGAUAGUCAACAUCCCCGUAUUUCCACCAAAAAGACACUGACGUCGUCGUCCGAGGCUGGACAUGGCACCUCCUUGGCGUGCAACUUCCACCGUGCCAAGUAGGGUUGGAUGGUGUAGUGCGCACUAACUACGUAUAAGAGAUGUACAUACACCGUGGGA